AUGAUAGGAGGCUUGAAAAACUAUGUAGAAAAACCCACCUUGCCCAGUCCUACACUUCCACAUCACCCAUUGUCCAGAAACUCGGCCCAAAAAGGGAUAUUUUUCGAUGUCCAAUCAACCACACCUGUUGAUCCAAGAGUUCUCGAUGCUAUGCUUCCGUUUUACACGACAGUAUUUGGAAAUCCACAUUCAAGAACACAUAGAUAUGGAUGGCAAGCAGAGGCUGGGGUCGAAAAGGCCAGAUCUCAAGUUGCCUCUCUAAUUGGAUGUGAUCCAAAUGAAAUAAUAUUCACCAGCGGGGCAACCGAGAGUAACAACCUAGCGCUUAAAGGCGUUUCUGGAUUUAAGCUGAAAGAAGGAAAGCCCGUUCAUAUAAUAACAUUGCAAACAGAGCAUAAAUGUGUUCUUGAUACAUGUAGGAAUCUGGAAGAGAAUGGAAUAGAGGUUACAUAUCUUCCGGUUGGGAAGGAUGGAGUGGUUGAUAUUGAAGACAUCAGAAGAAAUAUAAAAGAGAAUACUGUUUUGGUGUCUGUAAGUGCUGUGAAUAGUGAAAUAGGGACAAUCCAGCCAUUGGGAGAGAUAGGAAAGCUAUGCAAAGAAAAAGGGGUUCUCUUCCAUACCGAUGCAGCACAAGGGGCGGGAAAGAUGAAAAUCGAUGUUAAUGAAAUGAAUAUAGAUCUUUUAAGUAUGUGUGCUCAUAAAAUAUAUGGCCCAAAAGGAAUAGGUGCCUUGUAUGUUAGACGAAGGCCUAGGGUUAGGAUGAUUCCGCUAAUUAAUGGAGGAGGCCAGGAAAGAGGACUCCGGAGCGGAACAGUUGCAUCUCCUCUAGCUGUAGGGUUUGGGAAAGCAGCAGAAAUAUGCUCGAAGGAGAUGAAAAGAGACUUUGAAUACAUCAAAAAGCUUUCAGAUAAGUUAAAGAGUAUAUUUAAAAAGAAUAUUGAAGGAGUGAUCAUCAAUGGAUCUGAGGAUGGAAACCCAGGAUGUGUGAACGUAUCAUUUCCAUUUGUUGAAGGAGAAAGCCUUCUUAUGUAUCUUAAAGAUAUAGCCUUGAGUAGCGGAAGCGCUUGUACCUCUGCUUCACUGGAGCCAUCUUAUGUGCUAAGAGCAUUGGGCAGAGAUGAUGAGGUAGCUCAUUCUUCAAUAAGAUUUGGAAUUGGAAGAUUCACAUUGCCCCAAGAAGUUGAUGUGGUAGCAAGCAGGACUAUUGAAGCGGUUAGGAAGUUAAGGGAAAUGUCGCCUCUCUACGAGAUGGUUAAAGAGGGAAUAGAUUUAAGUAAGAUCAAUUGGACUUCAUAG